CCAAGCGGCGCGCGCGCUCUGGUAAGGUUCUACCUUCCUUGUAAAACAAGAAGAAAAACAUUUUGUCUCAUUCUGUCUUCAUGUCGGGUGCCGUGACUAAGUGCUGUUUACUUGGCACCUGCACUGGAUGAUAAUGGAAUGAUUUUCCUUCGAAGCCAUCAGAUGUUUCCAGUGGUGGAUUUUCCCUGUUUUGGAAUGUGUUUGAUGCGCAUUAACCCUUUUCCUGACAAACUCCACUCUUGGCUUGCUUCCACACUCUGCUUAAUUUUUUUCUGCCUCUGGGAUAAGAGGAAUUUUUACUGUUUGAUCCCAAGACCUAUUUAGCAACCAGUACGCUUGAAUGAUGAAAAUCUUUUGAGAUGAAAAACAGCACUUUUCAGGAUAUUUAUAUUGCUUGCGCGCGGCUCGUGCUUAAUCUCGCGCCUCAGCAGCCUGUUGUCUGUGUCCGCGGAGGAACGCACAACUUUGCCUCGAGCUGGAGCUGGAGCGGGGGCUGCAGCCGGUCUGAGUGGCGCACUGUCAGGGCCACUUGGAGAGGGGGAUCAACGGGGCGGCCCCGCCAUUCGGCCGUUUCGUGGUUGGACGGGGCAUCCGGUGCAGCUGUGGAGCACGGGAGGUGAAGACGGUGGUGAUGAUGAUGAAUGGCCCGGCAGCUCGAGCUGGCACUUGGAUCUCGCCACCAGUUUGUUUAUUAUUGUGCGCUCUCGUCGCACUCCCGCCGUGCGCCCACUCGCACCCGCAGCCGUGCCAGGUGUUGAAACGGAUCGGCCACACGGUUCGGGUUGGGGCUCUGCACGUUCAGCCUCGACUGCUCUCCGCCACUGCUGGAAGCGGAUCUGAGGAUUGGGAUACAGAUCGAGGUUUGAUAGAGAGUGGAGAGCGUCGGGAGGAGUUGGAAAAGCAGGUAAAAACAAGUGUCAGUGCACCUGGAUAUGGAAGUCUCAGAACUAGGGGCACCAUUAAUAACCAGCGGGGAGCCAGCAGGAGUAAAAACCAGGCACGGCAGCGGGAGGAGAACACAUCAAAGGAGAACCGCGUGUUCGCACCCAGAGACUCGGUCCUGCUCGCUGUGGAGGCUCUCAAUCGGGCUGGAUUGCUGCCAUACAAUUUAUCCCUCGAGCUUGUCAUGGCUGUCGGAUCUGGGCUCGGCAAGCUGCCCGCAUUCUCCUCCUCCUCCUCCUCCUCUAUGGGCAGCCCCGAGGACGAAGACCCCCUCUCUUUUCUGGAGAGCGUGUGUCACACCGUUGUCGUACAGGGGGUUUCCGCCAUGAUUGCCUUUCCACGGAACCGGGAUGAGUUUGUCAAGUUGGAGUUCGUCUCGCUCGCGCUUCAAGUGCCAGUCGUCAGUGUUGUGCAGAAGGAGUUUACGCGCCGCAGUGAGAAUCCACUCCAUUUCCAAAUGGCGAUGCGGACUGUAGAGGCCCCACCAUCUCGUCUCCUCUAUUCCCUGCUGAUGAUGAAUGGCUGGUGGGACAUCAGUGUUGUGCUUUGUCAGGAAUGGGACAUUAGUGACUUUCUCCUCCUCAUCAAGAAUAACACCCGCUUCCACUUGGGCAAUCUUGUCAAUCUGACAACUACUGCCUCGACUUCGAUGUCUUCUUCAUCUUCAUUAUCUCACUCAGGAGUGGCUUCAGGUGUUGCAUCAGGAAUGGAGGCAUCAUCAGCUUUGUCUUCUUUACCUUAUUUCUCCCCUGCUGCCUUGUCUCCUGCUUCUUCAGCCACUUCCUCUACUAAAUCAGACCAGCAGCAGGCUCUUAUGCGGCAGCUGGAGGCACUAAGGGAACCCUCAUCCACCACUGGAGUGGUAACAUUUGGGUGUGAGAUUCGUGAAUUGCGCCGUCUGUGGACACUGGCUACUCGGAUGAUGCUCCCAGAGUUUCACUGGGUUUUGGGGGACAGCCAGAAUGUGGCCGAGCUGAGGACAGAGGGGUUGCCCCUGGGGUUAUUGGCACAUGGGGUUAUGGGGUCCCCUUCUCUGGAUCAUUAUGUCCAUGACACGGUGGAGCUGGUUGCACGGGCAGUGGGCAGUGCGGCCCAGGAGAAUCCUGCCCUGGCACUCAUACCUGGAACUACUAACUGUAUGGAUGUACAACAGAGCAAUGGCAGUUCGGGGGAAUACUUGGCACGAUUUCUGUCCAACACAUCAUUUGAGGGCCAGAGUGGCUUUAUAUCCAGAGACAGUACCAGCCAUCAGAAAGUCAUCUCAGAGACCCACCACUACAUCUGGUCCCUCCAGCUGGACCCCCUGGGCCAGCCAACCUGGACCCGCUUGGGACGCUGGCGAAGAGGGAAUGUUCUAAUGGACCAGGGGGCCUGGCCAAGCCAUCACGGCCCUGGGGGUGGAGGUGACUGGCGACGAUCCCAAAGGCUGCACAUGCGCGUUGUGACUCUGGUGGAGCACCCAUUUGUGUUUACCCGGGAGGUGGAUGGGGAUGGGUUGUGUCCUGCUGGCCAGUUCUGCCUGGACCCUCUAACCAAUGAAUCUUCGGCUCUGGAAAGACUUUUUCAGAACCUUGCAGGACCCAACGUAUCUGUUCCAACAGAGCACAAGAAGUGUUGUUAUGGUUACUGCAUUGACUUGCUGGAAAAGCUGGCAGAGGACAUGGGCUUCACUUUUGACCUUUACAUUGUAGGCGACGGGAAAUAUGGAGGAUUCAAGAAUGGUCGAUGGACAGGAUUGGUGGGUGAUCUGCUCAGUGGUGCUGCCCACCUGGCAGUGACUUCUUUUAGCAUUAAUUCAGCCAGGAGCCAAGUUAUUGACUUUACCUCACCCUUCUUCUCCACCAGCCUUGGAAUUCUGGUUCGGACCCGUGACACAGCAGCCCCCAUUGGUGCCUUCAUGUGGCCUCUCCACUGGUCCAUGUGGCUUGGCAUCUUCGUCUCCCUCCACGUCACAGCUGUUUUCCUCACCCUGUAUGAGUGGCACAGCCCGUUUGGUAUGACACCACGUGGACGCAACCGCGACCGGGUGUUCUCCUUCUCAUCAGCCCUCAAUGUGUGCUAUGCCAUUCUUUUUGGGAGAACAGUAGCCAUCAAGCCACCAAAGUGCUGGACAGGCCGCCUGUUGAUGAAUCUUUGGGCCAUCUUUUGUCUGUUCUGUCUGUCCACAUACACUGCUAACCUAGCGGCUGUCAUGGUUGGGGAGAAGACCUAUGAACAACUGUCAGGGAUACAUGACCCAAAGUUGCACCAUCCCUCUCAGGGAUUCCGAUUUGCCACAGUGAGAGAAAGCAGUGCAGAGGACUACCUCAAGAAGAGUUUCCCUGAGAUGCAUGAGUACAUGAGAAGAUACAAUGUUCCAGCGACACCUGAUGGCAUACAUAAUCUCAAGGCCGACCCUCAGAAACUUGAUGCAUUCAUCAUGGAUAAAGCUCUACUGGACUAUGAAGUCUCCAUAGAUGCAGACUGUAAAACAUUAACAGUUGGAAAACCCUUUGCCAUCGAAGGUUAUGGGAUUGGCCUCCCUCAGAACUCUCCACUCACCUCCAACUUCUCAGAGCUUGUUAGUCAGUACAAGUCAGAUGGCUUCAUGGACAUGCUGCAUGACAAAUGGUACAAGGUUGUGCCCUGCGGGAAGCGCAGCUUUGCAGUGACUGAGACACUGCAGAUGGGCAUAAAGCAUUUCUCCGGACUGUUUGUGAUGCUCUGUGUGGGCGUGGCCUUAUCUUUACUGACCACAGUAGCAGAACACAUUGUGUACAAGCUGGUGAUCCCGAGAGUCAAGGAGCCGCGCUUCAAGUACUGGCUGCACACCAGUCAGAGAUUACACCGGGCCCUCAACUCUGUCUUCAAUGAUGACAAACUACCAACUGUUACCAAGCCUGAGAAGAGGUGCAACGAGGGGAACAACCAGUCAGCAUCUUGGAAUCCUGCAGAGUCCAAUUGCAACCGACGAAGGGUCCUUCCUCAAGAGAUGCAAAAUGACCUGGAACAUCAGACCUCACAGGAUCUUCCUCCUCCACCACCCCCAUCUCCCCUGCCUCAUCCCCAUUCUCUUCCCCUGCUGGAGAAACACCUACCCAUAGUGACCAACUCAAAUGGUCGCUCUGACCUGAUAGGUCGAGCAUUGGGCCAAGGACAAGGGCCCGGGCAGGGGGGCUCUGGGCAGGGCAUUACAUCAGGACAGUGUCGAGGUUUGGGUGUGGGUGACUGUGGACCUGGUUUGGGUUUAGGACGGAAUCCACUGGUUCAGGAGCUGUCUGAACUUGAGGGGCAAAUCCAAGUAAUCAAGCAGCAGCUGCAGUCAGCAAUGAGGAGGAAGAGAGAGCUGGAGCAGUACCAAUCAGAGAACCAGCAAGCAAACCAGACUGCUCCCAGUCAGCCGCCAAUGCACCAGCCUAACCAGUUUGCUCAGUAUCCCCAGCCCCACCAGCAGACUAACCAGCACACAAACACACUCCCUGAGUUCUGAGACUUCUCACCGUUGUCCUGCCAAGAGAAACAUGGUUAGACAUGGAACUGGAAUCCUUUUCUGGGUUUGGAGCUGGAUCCUUUACAAGUUUCUGAGAGCUGGACUAAAAUGUUCUCCAGGGAUCAGAUUGUGCUCUUUAAAUUCUGAACUGUGAUGUCUACUUGAAUUAGAGGCAAUGGAUUAAGGUAAACCAGAGACUCUGAUCAAGUGUGUUUUCAUUAGCUUGUUCCUGUCACUGAAGAGCUGUGCAAAUCCUCUUCUUCUUACCCACCAUACCUUUUUUCUUCACCUGCUUUUCUUCUCAUUCUGAUCCCUAAUUUUUGCCUUUUACUUCCAUUCCAACUUCUCCUUAUUCCUUCCUCUUGACCCUUGCAGCCCGUGACGCCAAGUCUUCUCCCUCCAAAGGUUCAGAUGUGCUUGUCAUGAUGUCAAGCUUGAACAUAGUAAUGAGGACUCUUUGGUAUUUAAGUUGAAUGGUGUGAUUCACCUGAGUCAUCCAUUGGGACUCAUUGAUAGUGUAAAUGAGAUUAAGUCAAACUAAAGGAGUUCAGUCUUUAUGUCAUAAUGUCUUACAGAAACCUUGUACCUUUAUGAAAGAAAGAAAGAGAAAAACAUCUAUUGAUAAGUUAGCUGGUUACCAUUAAAGACCUAAUGUUUUGACCUUUAUUAUGACACAAUUUGGCUUAGAUGAUUUCUAUUCAUUUGAGACUUCUGGGUGUUGUUCUGGAAGUUAUUAGUAUUUAACAAAAAGGAUGCAAAAAUACCACACCACUAUAUUCAUCAUUGUGAUGGGUUAAAGGACAAUACACAAUCAUAUUUUACGUAUCACAUUGUCUUGCACUUCACAGAUGCACUUCUAGUUUCCUAAAGAAAGCUUCACCUACAAUGCAGCAUUAAAUUUGUCAGAUUUCUACGUAUGGUGUUGAAGUUUCACUUCUACAUAAUAGCUUAGGGGUUAAAAACCCAAGAAAUUAUACAUGAAAUGGAAAUUGAUCCAAAAGUUGUCACUUUUUUGUCAGGGAAAAACAAAGUCCAAAACAGGACAUUUCUAACCACUUUCUUGAGAUCUCACUGGUGCUUUGGUAAUCUCCGUUUUUGGUAAAAGCCCAUUCUGUAAUGUAGACAUACACAAGUUGUACUCUGACGUCUUAUUUGAAUUUGAUGAUCACUCACAACUGAACCCACAGUCUUUCUGUGCUGAGACCUAUUUUCUUGCAUCGUUUCUGUUUGCAUUUGAAUGUGUUCUGUUAUUAAAAACUUACCUCUCCUCUUUGCACUUAAUUUAA